AUGUUUUGGGAUGGCGGCCGGCUCGCUAAGCCUGGCAAGUCUGUUGUUGAACAAGGUUGGAUGCCUGUCAAGGGCGACUGCGUGCGAAUUUCGAAGAUGGGCGGCAAGGCUGGAACAGUGGUGGGCUCGUCGCCAGGCGGAUCUGUCCAAGUUGUUGUGGGCAGGCUGACCCUAACCCUGAGGGCCUGGGAACUGGAGCCUGCGGACGACACUCUAGCAGUGCAUGAUGCCAAGCACUCCCCUCGCAUAGCCGGCCGCCGGAGAGUUGGCGAUGUUCAGCCGGACAGGAAGCCAGUGCAGCAGGCACCAGAAGGAGAAGGGGAGUCUGGCCCGGGGCCCGGGACCAGGGGCCCGAUAUUGCUGCAGACUGCAAGAAACACUGUGGACAUUCGGGGGGAGAGAGCUGAUGAUGGUGUGGCAGUCGUGGAUAACGCCCUACGCACAGCGGACGCGGGGGACUGCCUGUACGUCGUGCACGGAGUAGGCUCUGGGAAGCUGAAGGCGGCUGUCCGCGAGUUUCUCAGGCAGCACAAAGAGGUCCAGCAGUACGAAGAUGACCCCAAGAGCGGGCCAGGCUGUACACUUGUCAUAAUCAAACCCUGA